ACGAAAUGUUACGAGAAUGGGUCCUGCAAGGAGCUCGUCCAUUCCAUCUAUGCCGGGGCGAUAUGUGAGCCCGGGAGAGGCCAGCGCUGUGGAAGCAACAGUCUGACAUGAUUCGGCCCGCUCCCAUCAUCAUCAUCAGGCGCCUUUGUCAUGAUUGUCCUCGUCGUUGUGUACACCGUCGUCGCCCUCAACGCCCUGCGAAAGCGGGAGCGCGUGCCUCGCCCCUGGGACCUGAUUGUCUUGGCAUGCCGCGGCGCGCUCAUGGCCUGGGACCGCGCAAAGGAAGGCGCACACAUCGUCCUGAGCUCCUCCUCCGCGGCCCGCCGCUCGAUAAACGGGGCCCGCUCGAGCGCCGACGGCCUCCCCCGCUCGCCGUCCGGCCUCUCCCGGGCCUGGUCAGCGGGAGAGGGGCGGCUCACAAAGAAGGCUCGACGCCACGGAGUGAUGAGCGUGCCCGGCCUUCCGCCGGGCAAGGAGGCCCCGCUGCCAGAGAAGAGCGAGAGGGGCUUGAGGGGCGAUGCCCUCCGCUGGCACCGCCUCGCCUGGGUCGCAGUCAGUGCACCGGCUCUUCCUUCUCAACCGCGAGUGUCCGACGCUCCGCUUGUAUAGGUACGCGCUCGCAGGGAUGCAGCGGACGGGCAGCGAGGCCGACCCGACCUUCGCCCCUCCGCCGCAUAUGGGCAGCACGGAGGCGCUCCACCGCCCGAGCCAGGAGUCGAACUUCACCGCUCCAGCGGCGCUCAAGCAUCUGGAGCAGCGGCGCUCGACGACGGUCGGUGGGGGGCCGAGCGAGUCGACGGCGUCUGGAGUCGAGAAGAGCGGCUCGCGCCGCUAGAUGAGGAACAUCUCCCCACAUCUCCCCACAUCUCCCCACAUCUCGCGCUGCCAGAUGCGGGAGACAGAUCCGAUCAGCGCACUCCACAGAGGACCACGGGUAUUCGGCGCUGACUUCCGCUGUGUGAUGCGACCGCUCUCACUAUGCAGUACACGCGGGGUGAGUGUGUGCAAUGUAGGCUCGUGCUGCUCGAGCUACUCGCGCUCUAGCUCAUCUGGUCGGCAGGCCGCAGAGGCACCUCUCCCGAUGGCGACGAACCGGCCGGAGCCGAUUGAGGAGCGGGCGGUGCGGGCAGUCGUCGCCUUGCCGUCGACGAUCGUGCGGGCUAGCGUGCAGGUGGUCGCAGACUAUACGCCGGUGCCUCUCCCGCGGAGAAUCGUCCCGCGGAGGUCAGUGCAGGACGGGACGUCGCCACCGGAUCCGCAUAGCCCGUAGGUUUGCACAGCCUUGGUUACCG